AUGGAAAAUAGUGUCACUAAAAAUGAGUUGAACCGCGUCCUCGAACAGCUCAACAAAAACUCUGGUGACCCGAAUUUGGUAAAGGAGGCUGAUGGUUUGCUCAAAAGAUUGUAUUCGCAGCUCUCACAAACAGGAUCUGAAGGCCUAAAUCUAAUUCCGGCAAUAUUGGGAUUUCUUCAGUAUGAAAACCUCAACUCGGUUGUGCUUGCCAUUUUGAUAACGUUGCAAGCAAAAAGUGGGAAGGAUUACAAUGAGAAACUUAUUGACUCUCUAGAAGAUCUGAUUGAACUCUCACCUCGACUGCAGGUAUUCAAGGUUCUGACCCAAUUGUUUACCAUUGCGCCCGCAAUCUGCCACCAAUUGUUCAUCCAGAACCAGACCCUAGUUUCCUAUAUCACUACGGAGACAACAGAGCUCAUAAAUGACACAAUUCCAAAGUCUAGAUUUUCUAGCCUUUUAAAUCUCUUUUCAGCAGCGUGCGUGGACGAACUGUGUCGAAUUCCCAUUGCUGACCAUUACUCGGUAGUUCCCAUCCGCGCUUUGGAAUCUGAUGAUCUCCAUGUGCGAGCUCUUGGGGCAUUGGUGAUCCUCAAGAUAUGGAAUAACAUAAAAAAAGAGACGUUUAAGGAUCAUCCUAACUUGCUUUUGAACAACUUGGAAAAAGUGCUUUCGGAAGCUCUUGAGCACAAUGACCCUUCUGCAGUUGAGGGCCUUGCCUAUUUGUCUCUGAAUAGCAAAUCUCUGAGGGAUAAUCACUCUUUGAUGGCGAAAUUGACAGAGUACCUGGAUACUGAGCCAUACGGAGUGGUUUGCGUGCUUGCAAACCUAACAAGGGUUGCCAAGAAAGACCAGCUCAGUCAGCUGAAAAACAUGAACAGAGAGCCUGACAACGAGAAACAGCUUGGUGACUUUUUCAAAUAUCUGCUGGAAUCCGAAACUAUUGGUAAAGUCACGAGUCUGAAGUCUGUGUCUUCCAGGGUUCAAGAGAAAGCAGUAGAGUUGCUUUACAACAUAUCAACAGACCGGAACUGUCGUCCCCAACUUAUACAGCAAGGUGGCAUUGGCACUGUAGUCACAUAUCUCAUUAAAUCGUCUCAAAACAUUGACUACAAAAAUGGAAUUUCGAUUAGCAAACCGAUCGAAAACCAAGAACUGCGUCUCAUCGCCAUUAAUACGCUGGCAAAUAUUCUUUCCAGCAGCAAUCCAACUGCUGUUUUCAUGCGUUCGGAGCUUGUGACACCCGUUCCAUUUUUGCUUGAGCCAGUAAUCCAAUACGACAUAGAAAUCAAUGGGACCAAGACUACAAGCCCCCUUUCACGGCUUGAGAUUGAUAAUGCUGAUUUAUUUACCGCGCUGGUUGCUUUAAUCAACCUGUCUUCUGUUGAUGACAUGGACGUGAAGCUUGUUCCGAUGAAACUGGGAUGGCCAGCGAUUGGCAAUCUCAUGCUCUCUGCCAAUGUCCAAAUCAGACGAUGUAUCUUGGAGCUUCUGGCAAACCUCAUUGUGACUCCGCUAUGCAUGGAAAAGUUUUUCAACUGGACCUCAGAGAAGGAUGAGAAUUACAGAAACUUCAAGAUACUUGUUCAGCUUGUCGAUCUUGACGAUCGCGCAUCACAAUUGGCAGUAUUGAAUAUCCUGGCAAACUCCAGCGAUUUUGAGCUGGUCGCUGCCGUACUUCAAAAGUCAAACAUGUUUCUGGAUCGGCUAUUUGGAAUACUUCAAAACCAGUACGACACAGAUAUUCUUCUACGUGGAUUCUACAUCCUCCAAAAUCUGGCAGGCUUAUCGGACCAUGAGGUGGUGGCUUCUUACGCACAAAAGUAUAACUUGAAAGGCAUACUAGGAGACCUAUUUAGAAACGUCGGUGACUUGGAGGUGAGACACAUGGCAAUUGAUGCUUGCAAGAGGUUGCAACAAUAA